AUUGGUUAUAACCUCACACUAUCAAACAUGGUCCUUCUUCUGCGAACUACAGUCAGACACGCCGCAAAACUACCUCUUCAAACUCUUCGAACCGGGUCAAUGUCUGUCAGAGGGAAACAUUCUCUCCCUCCACUGCCUUAUGCGUACGACGCCCUCGAACCGUCUAUAUCGGCAGAGAUUAUGACCCUUCACCAUACCAAGCAUCAUCAGACCUACGUCAACGGGUUGAACGCUGCUGAAGAGGCUCUUGCAAAUUUCCAAGCUUCCGGUGAUAUCAGGGGUGCUAUUGAUCUUCAGGCAGCUCUCAAAUUCAAUGGAGGUGGACACAUUAAUCACUCGCUGUUUUGGACCAAUCUCGCCCCUACCGGAUCAGAAGCCGCUAAACCCAAUCCCUCUUCGACUUUCAUCAAGCAAGUUGAAGUUGAUUUCGGGUCUCUUGACAACCUCAAGUCUGAGAUGAACACCAAGACCGCCGCCAUCCAAGGAUCCGGCUGGGGCUGGUUGGGAUGGAACAAGAAGGCGAAAAAGCUCGAAAUCGCUACGACGCCUAACCAAGAUCCGUUGUUGAGCUUGGUCCCCAUCAUUGGCAUUGAUAUCUGGGAACAUGCUUUCUAUCUUCAGUACAAGAACGUCAAGCCGGAUUAUCUCAAGGCCAUAUGGGAUGUCAUCAAUUAUGAAGAAGCUGAUAAGCGUCUCCAGGCUGCCAUGUGAUCUGACGGAAUGAGUCGAACGAGAGAUAGAGUGACAAAUAAGAGUCUGGCAUUUGUCGAGUAAGUAUGAAACCGAUGCAACGAAUGGGGACAGGGAAUCGGGCUACUUAUGUAUGCUGUGUGCUACUUG